ACCGAGUUUGCACCCCUGCUCUAUUACGUCUUUCACAAGCGAGUAUCGUGGGCGAGGCCUCACGCACGCACACCUGAAGUCACUUCUCGCGCUCCACAGCGAACGAGCAAUGAGGGAAUGUGAAUUUACUGUUAAAAACAUAUUUGUUGGUUUGUUUUGUUACAAGUCGUUUCCACGUAACAUCUUUGUCUUUAAGCUUCCGUGCGUACAUUGUGGUAAUGACCAUGUGAAUGACGCGAAAUUCUUCAUAAAAUACAAAACCAGGAAAACGUGUUUAUGGCUUCAUGUCUGUGUCGAUACCGCCGGCGGAUUUUGUUCUUCUGUUCACCGUGCAUAUUGCUGCUCCCAGUUUACAUCUAUGUCUCAGUUGCUUUGUACUAUAUCAUGAAACAUGGGGCGCCCUAUGGUGCACGUGUUGUUCAUUCUGUGCUGCCGACACACUUUACCUCCUGCGGGCUCAAACACUCCAGAGAUCUGGCUCCUCAUCCUGCGAAAUCCUUCUGGAAAAGCGAGCUAGACAGUGGCGCUCUGUGGAACAUCAUCCAGCACAAGACGGAUCGCCAGUAUAACCCCAUCCUAAGGCCCCAUCUGGCUGAAAACCCAUCCAGUCUUUCUUACAAAACAGAAAUGUCCAGAAGGACUGGAGAUAGAUGUUCUCCAAAUUAUGAGAUUAACAAUACAAUGCCAGAUUACGCCAAACUACCAAUCCAGAUGAAGAAUUUUGUGACCACCAUGCACUGUCGAGACCAUCUGCUGAUCAUAGAUCCUUUAGAUGUUUGUGAUGCUCAAGCAAAGAAAGGGGCACCAUCAUUGCUCAUGGCCAUCAAAACUCAAACUGCAAACUUUGAGAACAGGGAAGCAAUACGUGAAACAUGGGGGCGUUCAGGAAAUAUAAUAACACUAGGUGGACAGCAAAGGCUCGUCCGCAGGGUCUUCCUUCUGGGGAAGUCCGAAGACUUGCAUAUUGAAGAGAAAUUGCAUUUAGAGAGUGAAAAAUAUGGGGAUAUCAUCCAGUGGGACUUCAUGGACACCUUCUUUAACCUCACCUUGAAGGACGUGCUGUUCUGGGAUUGGUUCUCAAGGCGAUGCCCGCAUGCUCACUUCAUUUUUAAGGGUGAUGAUGAUGUAUUUGUGCGGACACCUGCUGUCCUAGACUAUCUGCUGGCUGAGGAGGCAGACGGAAACUCCUCAAAUGGAUCCAGGCAGACAAAUAAAAUGGAGACGUUUGUUGUGGGGGACGUGAUAAGCAAUGCAGCACCUAUACGCUCUAAUGGAACUAAGUACUACAUCCCAGAGAGUUUCUAUAAAGGGCUGUACCCAUCAUACCCUGGUGGAGGAGGGAUGCUUUACUCUGGUUCUCUGGCACAUAAGCUUUUGGAGGUGUCACAAAGGGUUCAUCUGUUCCCCAUUGAUGAUGUCUACCUUGGCAUGUGUCUUCAGAGACUUGGUGUUUACCCUAUGAGCCACCCUGCCUUCCUCACCUUUGACUUCCCUAAAGAUGAGCCCAAGGAACCCUGUGCGAAUCACACCAUUCUCCUGGUGCACAAGCGAAGUCCUGCUGAGAUGUUCCAACUUUGGAAUGAAACGUCGACACCCAGCCCUGAAUGCAGAUAUGUCAAACUUAGACCUGAUUGAGUUUAGGCUGAACUUCUUCUUAGUUAAAGCAAGUUCUCAUUCUUACCGAACACUUGAAAACUGGUGUUAUGCAUUGCAAGGUAUUUUGUAAAAAUUUGUUUUGGAUAUUCUUUACUUUCACAUUUUGCUGCAAUAACUGCCUGAAGGUUUUAUAAAUGGGGUUUCUGCAGGUUUUGUGAUGGUAAAUGUAAGACGUUUUAAAGACCCUUUUAAGACCAAGUAAAGACAAUUUAAGGAAUAAAUUGAAGGGAACACUGUGUCAAUAUGGAGCACACAAUGAGUUGUAUAAGAAACACUUGAACAUUUAAGAUACAACUGAUCUACAACUACCGCUGCUCCCAAUAACCAGAGUAUUUAAAGUCAUAACUUUUGUUGUACCUGCAAAAAAAAAGUGAUGUUCUUCCUCAGCUUUUGUCUUGUUUUCAAGUACAAAUGUCUCAAAAUCUAAAUCUACACCUUGUCUAAAAUUUUCAGAAAACAAAAUUUUAUAUCUUCAUUUUGCACCUCAGGUAGAAUAAUCUCCAUUUAAGUAUGUUUAGAUAUUUGCAUUGGUGUAAAAAAAAUAAAAAAUAAAGUCACUGAUAAAGAUA